AUGUUAACAUCUGCAAAUUUCCGGUUCAGCCCGCAACACACAAUCGACGAAUCAUACAUCCACUUCACGCUGGUCUUCCGCAGGCCGUGUAAGGUCGAAGGAACAGUAAGGUGUGUCCGCCGCGCUGCCACGCCGUACAUCAGCAUUCCUUACUUUCCCUGCCAAAUCCUCACCCAGAAACCUCCCCUCCUGAACGGC